AUGUCACGCAGACCGCUCAGCGAGUCGGCACCUGUGGCCGCGGCAGCAGCACCGCCUCCUCAUAUCAGCGUCGUUCGCCGACCUCUGGGACCUAGCACAAAGUCCAAUGUCAUCCCGACCGCCGCUCCCACCAAUGCUCCCAUCCAGACCAUCAAGACGCAGAUCAAGAUCGAAGACCGUCUCACCAGAGCAGAAGCAAAGAUCGCCGACCUGCAACAUGAAAAGGUCACCGUCCAGAACGAGCUAGGAGACCUUCAAACCGAGCUGCGACUCGCAGCACAACGAGAAGCCAAGCUCAAACACAGCAUCGAGAAGUGGGAAAAGUCGCACGCUUCGCUCAAGGAGAAGAACAGCAAGCUGACAGAGCUUCAGUCCCGGCUAGGGGAGCUGCACAAGGUGCACGAAGAGUCAAAGUCACGACGACAGAAGGAGAUUGACGAACUCACCGAGAAGCUGAGGAGAGAGGAGGAGAAGCGCAAACAUGAUCUUGCUGCCGCCAGACACAUCCUUACGAGUGAGCAGGCAAAAGCGCAGGAGUAUCAGACGAGAUGUGCCGCCGCCGAGAAGGAGCUUGAGCAUCUCCGAUUACAGGGGACUGCCUCGCACGACAUUCUCAAGGAGAAGCAGAGCUUGAUCGAGCAGCUGCAGUCGCAUGUCGAAUCGGACAAGAUAGUCGCCAUCGACGCGCAGAAGUACGCCCGCAAGAUCGAAAACGAGCUCACCGCCAAGAUCCAAGAGCUGCAGGCCGAGAUUGAGGGCAAGACCAGCCAGGCAGCACGCUCGGCCCACGAGCAGCAGGCAGCGAUCCAGGCAAUGCGUUCCGAGCUCGAGUCCCAGAUCGACGAGCUCAUGGAAGACAUGGACCUCAUCGAGCAGCAGCACGCACAUAACCUCGCCAUGGUCGCCAAAGCGGUCUCCCAGCACAACGACGCUGUGCAGCAACAAUCCACUUCCGACAAGGCCGCAUUGAGGUCGAAAUGGCACAGCAACGCUAUCAAGCGCAUCAAGCUCGAGACGCUGGCAGACGAACGGGAAGCACACAUUCGCGAGCUCGUGGCCGUCGUCAAGCAGGUUCAAAGCGAUCGCGAUUCCGCCAAGCAGCUCGUCUCUGCUCUUCAGGUCGACCUCGCCAGCAUCACAGAGGAGCUCUGCGCCGAACGACAGCUGGCUUCUCUGCUCAUUGAGCAGCAGGAGGAGCAGCGGCAGAACGGCAUCGGAACCAGCAGCAGCUUUGGCGAUCUCUCCGGCAUCACCACCGCUCUCGACUCGGACGACGCAUCGACUGCCCUUCUCCGGGCGGACUUGGAGGAUCUUCGCACUCGCAACACGCUACUUGAAGAAGAGACCGCCGAUCUGCAAACCCGGUACCUUUCGCGCUCGACCGAAGCCAAGGCGGCUGAAGAAGCGCUCGCUGCAGCACGCACUCACGUCGCCACGCUCGAGACCUCUGUCGCUGCCAAGACACACGAAGUCGACAGUCUCGUCGCACAGCUCGCAGAGCUCGAGCCUCUUCGCAAGAAGCUCGCCACUGCCCAAGAAGAAGCCGCGGCCGCUCGCAAAGAGGCACAAGCCCAAGUUGAAGCAUCUCGCUCCCUGACCGCUUCUCUGCAGAACGCAAGGGUCGCCGAAAAGGCGUGGCGGGAUGAACGCGAUCGUAUGGCAGCGCUUCUCGACCAAGCAGAGCACUACGAGACGCUCUACAACGAGCUCGCCGAUCAGGCGAAGCAUCUGCUCGAACGCAAUGCCCUCGCCGAGGAGGAGAAGGCGACCCUGUCGGCACUCAACUCGGAGCUGCUCAGCCACAACAACCCGCAUCAGAAGAUCAUGUACAUGGACCGUGUGCGACACGAGCUGGACGACGUCAAGCAGGAGAAUGUCGGCUUGAGGCUGCAGCUGGAAAGAAUGGAGGAGGAGAACAGGAUCAUGCAGCGGGAGCUGGGAAGCUACAAGGCGGUCGAUGUGCCGUUGAGCCAGCGACCCAGGGCGGAGGUGACGAGGGUGCUGAGGACGACCGAUCACGACGGGCUAUUGAGGCAGGUCUCGGGAUCGAUGGAGCCGCAGCAGAGAACCAUGCAGGCGAAGGCAGCCAGAAUCAACCCGCUGCCGUCGUCGGUGUCGACACCCAUCCAGUCCAACUUCCCAGCCAGCACGAGCAAGACGCCGUUCUCUGUGCAAGGUCCUCGAUUCACCGCCACGCCGCUCCAGCCCGAGCUGCAGAAGACGCUCUCCACGGAGGAACUGCCACGACGCGCUGAAGUCGUUGAAGAGACGUGUGAGGUGGCAUCACACCCGCCCUUGCCGGUCGACACUGGACUGUCGCCCAAGAAGAGACGCUCGUACGGCAAUCUCUCUGUGCACGUGACUGAGGACCGCCAGGUAGCAGCGGACGAGGAGAACGAGAUGGAAGACGACACUUUGCUGCCUCUGCCGUCUGCCACAGAAAUUGGUGCCGAGAUCGACGAGGAUGGAAUCACAUUCAGCCACGGAGAAGCGGCAGUUCGACGCAACCGCCCUCGUCAUACGCUCGUCAACAGUGGAGCCCUGCGCAAAGCUCCCUCUCAGCCAUCUUCGAUCCCGCUUCCUUCGAACAUCCCGAGAUCGGACUCGAAUCCAGCUGCAACACCCAUCGACGCCGCCGCUGCCGCCAAGGAAGCAGGAAGCCGACGUCCAAGCCUUGCCACCUCUUCGCUCGGCAUCAAAGCUCGUCGCGUCUCUGAGCUCGUCCGCGCCUCGACGCCGCCACUUCCCUCCAUCGCCGACUUUUCCAACCUCGAGACACCGAAUGCUCACCUCCUCCUGGACGGCGCUCUUCCUUCACCUUCGCCGUUUGGGCUGGCCGAUUGGACUGCGACGGACGAAACCUCACACGUGCCUGCCCUGCAUCACGGCGCGUUUGACCAGCACGUCCACUCGACGCCGCUCGUCUCGAUGCGACCGCGCAACAAGGGCAAAUCGCGCUACUCCGGUGCACUGCGGGUCCAUGCUCCUGAGGAUGUGACGCUCACCACGCCCAUAGCGAAAGGUCUGCUGCCACCGACGCGCAAGAAUGGCCACCUGGUUGCUGUUGCCGAAACACCAACGGGGCUGGUGUACGAGGACGAACACGACUCGUUGCGCAGAGGAUGGAUGUACGACGAGGAGGACGAGCAGGUGGAGCUGCCCGACUUUUCCAUCGAGGGAGCCGCAGCGCAGCAGCAGCAGAAGGCGAAGAAGCAGAAGAGCAAGGCGAAGCCGAGGGGAUCGAUGAAGGUCAAGCCUGGUCCCAUGGCGAGGACCUUCUUCCGAUAG